AUGGAGGAGAACCAACCCACCAACUGGGACCUGGACACAGAUGAGAUCGCAUCCGUCACCUCAGAAGACUUGUAUGAGAAUCGACCAAACCGCUGGACGGGGCCUAAAUCGACAUGGAGGGAAUUUACUAGGGAGGAGCGGCUGCUCUGGCGGUCCAUGCAACAGCUUGUUGACAAAGAUUUGGCGGUGCAUUUGUACGAUGCGUUUGCUUUGAAGAGACAAGGGAGGGACCAGGCCACAGCACAGAGCCUCACUGUCAAGACGAAAGAUGUACAAGACAUUGUCUGGGCGCCGCCAAAAGUAUGGACGGCAUGGCCACUGAAGGAGAAGCAUAUCUCCGCAGAAGGGCUCUUCCAAAAACAAAACGACGACGAAGAAAAGUUCACGUUGCGCAAGGUGGAGAAUGGGAUGCCCAGCACCGAGCUGCAGGAUGAGCUUGCUGCGACCGUGUUGCGUCUGGCGAAGGAACGAUAUCGACGACGAUCAUGGCAUCGCCCACUGCAUCCAUCCAUUGAGAGCCCUUCCAGCCCGUUGCCAUCUAAGUCAAUAGACCAGUCUGAGGAUGAAUUAUCACUUCCAUCUUCUCCUCCUCUAUCAAAUAUGCCGGCAGGUAGUGAAGAGAUGUCUCUUGACCAUGGCGAGGAUGAAUCCAGUAAUGAUGAUGAAGAUGAAGACCUGGAAAAUGUCCACGUUGGGAAUGAAGAAACAUACGAACCAGCUAUAUCUUCAAAUGACGACCUGUCGAACCUUCUUCUCCGCCCUUGUGUCCGCCACAUCCUCACACAGCUAGACUGCACCCUCACCAUCCUCCACAACGCCCGCGUCGCCGGCUUAAACCACCUCUCCGAAUCAGAGUCCUCUACGGAAGGGGAGUCUGAGGCGGGUACGCCACGGAAGAGAGGUAAAAGGGGCCGUCCAAGGCGUACACCCCAACCUGGGGAAGAGCUCUCAUCUUCUGAGCAGCGGAAUGUACAGGGCCCCAGACGUCGCGGCCGGCCGCGCAAGAUUCACACACCGCGAGAAGGCGAGACGGAAGAGGAGAUGUGGAAUCGUGUAGCUAGGGAAGGGCACAGACGACUCCCCAUCACUGCUGCAGAUCGAGAUGCUGCGUUCGAAGCGUGGGUAGAGGAAGGUUAUCGCCGCGAGCGAGAGCAAUCUCGUACAAGUGCACAGUCUGAAGAGCAUGUCGCUCAAGCCAUCACUGGUGAAACGAAAUUCGAGAGAAAGCUAGGCAAAUGGGGUCUGAGAGACUGGAGCGACAUCGUUGGAGCUGCUGCUCUGGCUGGAUUCUCUGAUGCCGUCAUAUCACGCACUACCAAGCGAUGUGCCGACCUUUUUGGUGAAGGUAUGGUUAUUAGACGUCUAGACGAGGUUCCUUCUACGCGAGCCCCAGCAUUCACCAGUAGAGAGUACCGCCCUUCAAAUAUUCAACUUCCGUCGUCUCCCGCUGAAUCCGAGUCCGAGCCUUCAGCAACACUCCUACAACGCCGUACUACGUCCCGGCGGGCAUCUGCCGCUCGAUCUUCCACAGCCUCCUCGCCUGCAACUCCUAGUGGUCGGUCUCUUUCACGAUCCGGUUCCCGCUCAUGUUCUCGCUCCUCCGCAGGAUUUCAAUUCUGCCCGGUUCCAACGUGUGAUCGUGCAAGCAGGGGAUUUUCAAGACGAGCCAAUCUGCGGCGUCACAUGACCCUUGUUCAUCCGGGCCACACAUCAGAAGAAAACGACUCGGACGACGAGGUUGUAGGUGGUGUGCAUGUUGAUGGAUUUUUGAAGACAUUUUAUCCCCAAAGAGGGUGGAGAGGCGAGGAUGUGCUUGCGAGAAAGAGGAAGAGGUAUUACAGGGGGAGGAGUCUGAGUGUGAAUGAAGGGGACGACGAGGGGGCCAGCGAUGAGCCGUGA